CGCCGAGAGAACACUUCAACUACGUGUUGUAUACGCUCAAUCAAGCCAAACUUCAAAUCAAAAUCAAAACAAACACGCAUGGUUCAGUUCGUUCAGCUAGUUUGCCGGCUUUAAAUUUCCCCCGAAAACCAUGGAUCCUGCACCGCACAAGAAAGGACUCUCCGACGAGGACCGGCUUAAGCUUGCAGCACAGCUGGAUAAGGAUCUGGACGCGUUCAUCAACUCACUAGAGAAGAAGCGCUACACCGAAGGGUGGCCCGAGGACCGGUGGGAAGAGGAAAUGGCCAAGCACCCGUUUUUCAUGAACAGAUCGCCGGAACCGGGCGAAGAGCUUAGUCCUCUGAUGGAAGGUCUGCAACAAUUGAAGUACGAUCCACUGGAAAACACCGAGCAAGAGCUAGCCGAUACGUACAAGGAGGAUGGAAAGUUCUACAUGCAGCACCGCAAGUUCCGCAUGGCCGUGCUCAGCUACACGGAAGCACUACGCUACAAAGUGGGAGAUGCAGAGUAUAAGGCCAUCCUGUACAACAACCGGAGUGCUGCCAACUAUCUGCUAAAAAACUAUCGCACCUCCUUGCAGGAUGCGCAGAAGGCAUUACAACUGAAACCAGACUAUGAGAAGGCGCGAUUGAGGGCCGCCCAGUGCGCAUCGGCACUCGAUCGUUUCGAGCUGUGUAUCGAACUAUGUGACGCAUUUCUGCAGACAAAUCCCACGGAUGCUUCCGCGAUAGAGUUGCGAAAGACUUGCGUUGCCCGCAAACAGAAACAGCAACGCGAUGAACGAAAGGCGGCACAGAAGGAACGCGAAAGGGAGGCGCAAUUGCAAAGAACGCACGAAGAGUUAAGGAAACGUGCGGUUAAAUUUGAAGAACCGGAUGCACUUUCCGAUGAGCAGAAGUUGCGCCCAAGAUUGGCACCACUGGAGGAUUUCAUGGUUAAUGCUGACGCCGACGGUGUACUGCAUUGGCCCGCCGUCUUCUGUUAUCCAGAGUUUCACACAACGGAUUUUCAGCAGCAGCUAUCGGAGGACACAAGAAUGGACCAAGUACUGGACUUACUCUUUGAGGAACCGCUCGAGUGCGAUAAAGACCGAGCCUAUCGGACUAGUACCGUUGCCGUUUACUAUGAGAAUAGGAUCCUCGGAAAGGCCUACCCGGUAAAUGUAGCAAAAACAAUCCAACAAAUUGUCGCCGAGAAGACGUUCACGGUUUUCCAGGGAACACUCACGUUCUACGUACUAGUGAAAGGCUCUUCGCAUGAGGACUCGUUCAUUAACCAGACGAGGAUACCGCUGAAAAGAGAGUUUUGAUGAUAACAGCCGCCAGGAGGCUGUGAAAUGCUUGCGGGGUUUUUAUUGAAAUAAAACGUAUACCUCACAUGGUAUUGUAAUUCAUCAAAUCAUCAAAGUAACGACAGAAAGAAACGGAG